CACCUAAACCUAAAAUUUCACAAAGGUCUCUCGCCCUCUUCUCAUCGAAGCUAUUGCCAGCCGCGUCAAAACCAUGUCCCAGCCCACCAGCGAAAGAUUUUUCCCACCCCCUACCACUAGACUCGACGGGAGUCGUUUAACGAUGGUCUACUGGGUCAUCGAUGAUGGCCCAAUCCCUUCACUUUACGAGAUUUGGAAGGCAUACGAUAAAAUCGGAUCAUACCUCGCCCAUGUGGAGGAGUUUCGUGGGGGAUCGAAACUCGAGGUUUACUUUCUUAAACCAGCCAAGGUAUUGCCCAAAGAAUAUUGGGAUCAUUAUGAAGAAUUUAUGAGAAUCAAGAAUGGUAAAGAAGGUAAAGGUGUGAGAUUUGAAAGGAUGUUACUUGACAUUCUUGUAUGGUCGUUGCUGGAGAAACGUAAUUAUCUGAUAAUCUCAAGUAACAAAGACUUUGGACACGGCACCAAGUUCAACACAGUACGUGAUACUUUAAAGGAGAAGGGUAUCACUGUUACUGUAGCACAUCCUGAUUUUUUCAUAAACCUUGAUCCCUCAUUCUUUGAUCAGUUUGGCAUCCCCUGAAAUAGUUCCCAAGUUUACAUUUACCCUAUACAAAAUAAGGCUAUUCAGGUUCCAUCUUUUUUUUAAGAAGAAUAAGAAACAUUAGAAGCAGGGGAAAGAGGAUCACAAGACUUCCAUUAGUUGCUUCACUUCAGUUUCAGUGAGUCUAGAGCCAAGUUUAGUCAGCCUGGUUUUCAAUUCUUGGUAAGUAAUUGUGCCCGCUUUUUUCGAUAUCCAUACUCAGCAAACAUUGUUUUUAAGACCUUUAAUUUCCUCUUCCGAGAGAUUCUCUGCAAUAACAUGCAAACCAAAAUCAGAAACACAACCUAUGAUUAAGCAAAACAAAAGAGAAUUAAUGUCUUACUUGCAAAAGAAGCAUUUGUAAUAUUUUACCUUAA